AUGGAACACCGGCAGCAAAAUACACCAGAAGGAAAUAUCAUGGACCAGUAUCUUGACCGUCAAAAUCAAGUGACUGGGAAUUGCGAUAUCAUGAGGUCUAAAGGAAACUCAGAGCCCACAACGUUCAUAUAUCCAUCAGGACUGAAAUUGGUUCUUAUCUUUGUGGCUCUGUGCUUAACGGUUUUCUUGGUCGCCUUGGACCAAACCAUUAUAGCUACCGCCAUCCCGACGAUCACCUCUCAAUUCCAUAGCGUGGAAGAUAUUGGAUGGUAUGGUAGUGCUUUUCUCCUCACCACAUGCAGCUUCCAACUGUUUUUUGGCAAGCUCUACACUCUGUUACCCAUCAAAUGGACAUUUGUUGUCGCUGUUUUAAUAUUCGAAAUCGGCUCGGCGAUUUGCGGUGCCAGCCCCAAUUCCCUCGCCCUCAUCAUUGGACGAGCUGUGGCCGGCAUUGGAGGCGCAGGCAUCUUUUCCGGCGCAUUGAUUAUUAUCGCCAAAUCAGUACCCCUCUCAAAGCGACCAGUCUUCACGGGCGUAAUUGGAGCGGUGUGGGGUAUAGCCAGUGUUGCCGGUCCUUUAUUAGGAGGCGCUUUUACAACUCACGUUUCUUGGCGCUGGUGCUUCUAUAUUAAUCUCCCUGUCGGCGCCGCGACCAUCCCGCUCAUUAUCUUUUUCCUUCCCUCGCAGGGGCCACGAAUGAAACCCCAACAAAACAUCUGGGAUAUUUUCGGCCAAUUUGAUCCCUACCCUUGGAGUGACGGCCGCAUUAUUGCUUUGUUGACUGCAUUCGGUGUACUUCUUGUUGCUUGGGUCAUAGUUCAAUGGCGUGGCGGCGAUAAUGCCACAGUGCCGCUUCGGGUUUUGCGACAACGCUCUGUUGCAUUUUCGACAUUUUACAUCUUCUUUGGAAGCGCAUCAUUCGUUCUGUUGAUAUACUACUUGCCAAUUUGGUUUCAAGCAAUCAAAUAUGACGCCGCAGAUCAGUCGGGCAUCCAUAGCCUACCAACUGUGUUGAGCGUCGUGGUAUUUGCCAUUAUGGGUGGACUAAGCGUCACUGUUGUUGGAUACUACACCCCAUUUAUGAUAGCAGGGUCGAUGGUCAUGGCGAUUGGCGCAGGCCUAUUUCUCCUAUUUAGAACAAAUACCUCCCUUGCGAUGUGGCUGGGAUUUCAAGUCGUCUUCGGUGCAGGAGCUGGGAUCGGACUUGAGCUCCCAAACAUCGCUGUCCAGACUGUUCUCCCCGAGAAGGACGUCUCCAUCGGUACAUGCUUGGUGGUAUUCGCUCGCUCCCUUGGGGGUGCUAUUUUUGUCUCAGUAGGACAAAAUGUUUUCAGUAACUGUAUCGUCUCUGGUAUCCUUGCCCGUGUUCCCGAGCUGGAUCCCUACAUUAUCCUGCAGACCGGGGCGACUGAGUUACGGCAUGAAGUGAAACAAUCCAGUUUGGGGGACGACAAAGUGCUAGCUGUGGUCCUGGAAAUCUACAACGAUGCCAUUGUCCAAGCAUUUGUACUCGCCUUGGCCUUGGCCUGUAUAUCAAUUGUGGGUGCAAUUGGCGUCGAAUGGCGAACAGUGAAAAAGCUCCCCACAGAGAGACAGAUUUGA